UUUAAAGACACUGAAAGCAUCAGGAGAUUUUUAGAAGAUUAAUGACACAUUUGGAUCUGUGGGUUUUUAUCUCCUACUGUUGAAAAAUGUUUCACACGUUCAUUUUCUUCUGUUUGUGGCAUCUGAUUGAUGGAGUAAAGAUAGUGUCAGUGACAGAGGGAGACUCUGUCACUCUACACACUGAUGUUACUGUUACUGAGAUACCAAGACGUUUUAUGCGUUAUAUAGAGUGGAUGUGGUUAGGACCUAAAAAUACUCGCAUAGUCCUUCUGCGUGAUGAGGAGACAUAUCAUAUUGUGGAUUAUGUGAAUGAGAUAUUCGGAGACAGACUACAGAUCAACAAUCAGACUGGAUCUCUGACCAUCAGGAACAUCAGAACCACAGACUCUGGACUUUAUCAACUGAUUAGUCGAUUUUCUAGAAAAGAAGAAUUAUACAAUGUUACAGUCUAUGCUCGUCUUCCCAUUCCUGUCAUCACCAGAUACUCUACAUGUUCUUCAUCAUCAGAGUCCAAAUGUGCCUUCUUGUGUUCAGUGUUGAAUGUGAGUCAUGUGACUCUCUCCUGGUACAAAGGAAACAGUUUAUUUUCCAGCAUCAGUGUGUCUGAUCUCAACAACAGUUUCUCUCUAAAUCUGGAGGUGGAAUAUCAGGAUAAAAACACCUACAGCUGUGUGAUCAACAAUCCCAUCAGCAACCAGACUCAACAUCUAAACAUUAGUGAAUUCUGUCAGACAUGUGCAGAUUCUGUUCAGUGUUGCAGUUUCACUGAAGCUGUGAUUCGAUUGGUCAUCUCUGCUGUGGUGGGCGUGGCUACUGUUAUCAUAGUGGUUUAUGACAUCAGAUCCAGAAGAGCUGAACACAACUGGAGAACGUCACAGUCAGUCCCUGAAUAAUGAGCCAUAUGUUCUGGGCACUUUUUAUAAAGAAUAUUGCUUUGGACAUUUCGCUAUUUCGAAGUUCAUUCAAGUCUAAAGUGGCGUUUAAUAUUAAAGAUUCUUCUUUGUUGAAUCUGCUUGUUGUUCAGUCAGGACUAAACAGUCAGUUUGAAGUGAUCGUGAAGAACUGAGGGUUGUUUGUUUGAAUCCCAGUAGAUUGUUGAGGGGUUUCAUUUUACAUGCUCAAAUGCAAACUAUAUGUAAAGAACCUGUAUCAGUGUGAAAAUAGAAAUAAAAGAAUAUGAUUCUG